CUUUCUUUAUCAUCCAUUACCAGUUGAAUCUCUUCUGUAUUUCUUCAAGCUUUUCUUACUGAUCGAAAGAAAUCAGAAAUGGGGGUGAAAAAUUUAUGGGAUAUCUUGGAUUCCUGCAAGAAAACUCUUCCUCUUCAUCAUCUUCAGAACAAGAGGGUGUGCAUAGACCUCUCAUGUUGGAUGGUGCAACUCCAGAGUGUGAAUAGAAAUCAUUGUGCAACAAAAGAGAAGGUUUACCUUAGGGGUCUCUUCCAUCGAUUGAGGGCUCUUAUAUCCUUGAAUUGCAGUGUAAUUUUUGUAGCCGAUGGAGCUAUCCCAGCUAUCAAAAUUUGUACUUACAGAAGGCGCUUGAAUUCAUUAAAUGAGGUUACAAAAGAUGAUGUAGAAAGACAAAAGGUUACUUCCUUAAGAAGAAAUAUGGGUUCUGAAUUUUCUGGUGUGAUCAAAGAGGCUAAAAUCCUGGGCUUGGCGCUUGGUAUUCCUUGUUUAGAUGGGAUUGAGGAAGCCGAAGCACAAUGCGCGCUAUUGAACUUGGAAUCAAUUUGUGAUGGAUGUUUCUCUUUUGAUUCAGACAUAUUCCUUUUUGGUGCAAGAACUGUGUAUCGAGAAAUAUGCCUUGAAAAAGGGGGUUAUGUUGUUUGCUAUGAAAUGAGUGACAUAGAGAAAAAACUUGGACUUGGAAGGCAUUCAUUGGUUGCUCUAUCCCUUCUUUUAGGAAGUGAUUAUUCUCAUGGAGUUCGCGGGUUUGGACCUGAAUCCGCUUGCCAAAUUGUUAAAUCAAUUAGUGAAGAUGUUCUUCUUGAACGUAUAAAAUCAGAUGGUAUAUCUUUCUUAACAUCAUUGAAAACCUCAAAGAAGCAUGGAUGGUUGCCAGAUCGAUGUGGGAAAGAGAACUUUGAUCCUCAAGUAAAGGAAUUAGGAUAUCAGCUUCCUUUCCAAAAAGAUUCUGAAGUUGUUAAGGUAAUCGAAGCGUACAUGAAUCCAAAGUGUCAUUCAGUGGAUUCGGACCCUGUGUAUAGGGUUCUUGCGGUGCACCAUUUCCAGCGUGCUAAGCUUCAGGAGAUAUGCUCUAAAUUUUUUGAAUGGCCUCCUGAGAAAACAGAUGAAUAUAUCCUUCCUAGAAUUGCUGAAAGAGAGCUGCGAAGAUUUGCUAAUUUGCGUUUGUCUUCUUCACGGUUGGGAGCUACAAUUCCUUUGCACAUGAUGCCAGUAAAAUGUCCAAUAUCUGAAGUUCUCAAGCAAAGAAGAGUUCAAGGUAGAGAAAGUUUAGAAGUUUCUUGGCAAGACUUCGAUGGCCUCAAAUCUUCCGUAGUACCCGCUGAUCUAGUAGAACGUGCCUGUCCCGAGAAGAUUGUAGAAUUCGAGGAAAGGAAAGCUCAGUUAAAGAUUCAAAAACGUUGCAAACCCAAGGCAAAGAGAUCGGACGACACAGCCUCCAUGGCUAACGUUGAUACGAAACUCCAAAACCUGUUACUUGACAUCGAGUCUGAGGACUCCGCGAAACACGAAAACUGUAAACCAAACAAAUCUGAAGACGUAGCUCCCAUUUCCAACGAUGAUUCAAGACCGGUAAACCCAUUAUUUGAUGCUGAGUGUGAGCCUAACACAGGACACAAACCAACGUCAUGUGCUUACUCGUCUGCAUUACGAAGCAACAUCGAUAUAGACUUGACCAUUCCCGACACAUCUGAUCAAGAAUACGACAGCAACAUUAACAGCAAACCGACUGUCACUUACCACAUAACUUCCAUGUCAAGACCCGAAAGGCUGUUGCUUGACAUCAACUUUGUCGAUGAUCUAAGAGACAAGCCGGCUUCAUGCUCUGGCUCAUCUGCACCAGGAAACAGCAUUGAAAUUGACCUUACAGUUUCUGAACCCAACAGUAAUAACAAACUUAUAUUUGAUUUUCCUUCAUAUCUUCCUACUAAUAUUGAAACUGAUGUGAUCGAUCUCUCGAGCCCUUCUCCAUUACCGAGCACACGCUAUGUCUCGAAAUGUCCAGGUAACAACGGGGGCCAAAUAAAUGUUAUCGAUUUAAGUGACUCGGACAUGGAAAUUUCACCUGAACAUGAUCGAAAAGCUCGAGAGCUUAGAGUGUUCCUGGCCAGCAUCAGAAAAUAACUCUUGAAAUUAGUUCUUAGCUCAAUGUAUAUUUAUUUGUAUUAGUCAUGUUAGUUUUUUCAUUGGAUAAUAAGUUUAGGGUCCUUUCUGAGAACCCAUCUGAUGUUGGGUUGUAAUUAGCAUGUAAUUUUGAUCCAAUUUUCAGGAAAUGUAGUACAAGGUGAGGUAAUUUUUCACAAAAGAAAA